CCGCGCGCCGCGGGUCUCUGCGGGGUGGGCCCGGCGCGGGUCCGUGCGGCGGCGGUCCCGGGGCGGCGGUGCCCGCGCUUCCUCGGUCCCGCAGGGGGAUGGGCUGGCGGGCCGCUGCCUUGGCGAGGGGUGCGAUCCGUAUGGGAUAAUAUUUCCAGAAUAAUAAGCAUGGUUCGGCAACGAAAAUGUCCAUUAUGUCACAUUGUGUACAACUCAAAAAAGGAGAUGGAAGAACACAUGAGAAGCAUGCUUCACCACAGAGAACUGGAAAACCUGAAGGGAAGGGAUAGCAGCCAYGAAUGCCAGGUGUGUGGGGUGACACUGGUGGGUUUGUCAGCAUAUGCCAAGCACAUCUCCAGUCAGCUGCACAAAGACAAUGUUCACGCCCAUGACAGAAAAGAGGAAGAGAAAGAUGAGGCRGAAGAAGAAUACCUUGACAAAGAACUUACUCAACUAAUCAAGCAAAAGAAGGAACAGAACCGGCAAACUGAACCAAGUGCAAACCAAGAAUUAGAACGUGAUGAUAGGAGAUCACAGAGAAGRCGAGAAGAAAGAGAUGCUUGUAAAGAAAGAGAAGCUUAUGAUCAGUCGUCACGGCAUCAUCAUAAUGCAUCACAAAGGGACUGGCCUAGGCAAGGCCAAUUUUCACACUCUCAGUGGAACCUUAAUAUAAACAGACAUUCAGGUGGCCCAAGGGGCCGCUCUGGGUGGUACCAGAAUGUUUCAGGGAGCCCUUCAAAGCGACACAACUAUGGGGGGAAUUCUGGAAAUGCUUGGCAUCCAAGUGGGUGGGGAAGAGGAACAUCAAAUUGGCAUCAUGGUGCCAGGGAAAGAAAUUCUACUUGGCACACAGAAGAAAGAGGUCAUUUUUCUAGCAGGAAUUCCAAGAGUUAUGGAGGAAACUGGAAACCAAGUCCUCAUGGUGCAAAUGGCUGGAAUUUUGGRAGCUCAGGAGAUUCAUAUUCAUCAGAGCCAAGUAAAUACAAUAAGGAAAGGUACACGUGGCCGUGGCGAGAGAACGUUGAUGUUCUGCCAUACAGAAAUCAAAGAAAUAGGACUGACCUCAAUUUUGCUAGUGAUGAGCUCGCUUCUGAGGGGGCAUUGGAUUUUGGUACAUUGAAACAACCAGAAAGCAAAACUUCAAGAGCCAGUGGUAAAAGUGUCAGUCCUUCCAGAGAUAAAACAUAUCGCUGGACUCCCUACCCAUCCCAGAAAACUGCAGAGCAGCAGCCACGGUCUGAAGAUAAUGUUUCUAAAACUUCAGAUAAAAUAGAUUCUGUACUUGCACCUCUUACUGAUUCAUCAACAAAAGGAAAAACUUGUGAAGCCAAUGUUAGCCUUUCAAAACUCAAAACCCAGGAAGCAUCAUCCCCUUCUAAUGGAACCUCAGAUCACCUUGAUUCUUGCAAGGUAAUGGAAGACUGUUCUAGUGGUGAAAAGCCUGACAAAGAUGAUAGUAGAAGUAAUACGAUGCCAUCACUGAAAUCCCCUCUUCUGAAUAUCACAGGUAUAAAGUUAUCCUUGAAUAAGCAAGACACAAACAGUCUUUUAAAAAAWGUCAGCCUUCUGUUAUCCUCAACUAGUGGUGAAGAGCAGAAUCAUUUGAAUGCGGUGAACUUGGAAACAAACGGUUUCUCUUACUCAUCAAAGCUGCAUGGUGCUAAUGUUGGUAACUUACAAGACAACAAAGAUGUGCUUGGUAGCAAUCUUGGAGAGCCUAUUAAUAACCUAAGUGAAGCAGAACAAAACCCCAAUCAUGUUCAGUCCAACCAUUCCUUGCAAAAUGCUCUCUUAAGCUCUUGCAAAGAUAGAAGUGACCAGAAUAGGGAAGAAACUGGGAAAGCAAUGCCAAAGGAAGAGUUCAGAUUAGAUUCAUUAGAAGAUGCGAGUAGUGCUGAUUUAAUGGGAAGUGAGAAGUCAGAAGUAAGAGUUGAAAAAUUGGGUUCUUCUGUUAGUUCUUGUUUACCCUGUGACACUCCUGAAGGUAAAACUGCCAUCUCUGAAAAGGAAGAUGAAAAGCCAUCUGCUUCAAGUAUUGCUUCUGCUGAGCUAAAAAAUUUUACAUUUCGGAUAGAAUCCCCAAUUUCUUCAUCAAGCAAUCAGGACCGUUUGCACGUGGACUUGAAAACCUCACAGGACAGGGAAGGAAAUGAGGAAUGUGUUAAGUCACAUGACCAAUUUGAAAUGGAAGGGUUUGAAAAUCCUUCAGAUAAUGAGCUUCAAAAAGGAGGAAGCCAGUCAGCAGGCCUCCUUCUUCCAGAUUUAAGCAAGCUUGGCCUGCCUGCUUCUCUGCAAAGAGACCUGACACGGCAUAUCAGUCUGAAGAGCAAAGUCGGGGCACACCUUCCAGAGCCCAAUCUCAAUAACGCACGUCGCAUUCGGAAUGUCAGUGGUCAUCGGAGAAGUGAGACAGAGAAGGAGUCAGGGCUUAAGCCCACCCUCAGGCAGAUUCUUAGUGCUUCCCGGCGAAAUGUUAUCUGGGAUCAGGUCAUCCAGCAGGUAACCAAGAAGAAACAGGAACUUGGCAAAGGUUUACCAAGGUUUGGCAUAGAAAUGGUGCCUCUUGUUCAAAACGAGCAAGAGGGUCUAGAACUCAGUGAAGAACCUGAUCUGUCUACUCUAGAAGGAUUCCARUGGGAAGGGAUUUCCUUAGCAGUAUCUGGCUCAGCCAGAAAACGUAGCUUUUCUGAAAGCAGUGUCAUAGCAGAUAGAAAUCCUUCUGCUUAUAGCUUUUUCAGUGAACAAGCCAAAAUUAAAGAAAGCGGGCAAAGGCAAGUAAUUGCAGCUGGCCACUCUCAUCACAUAGCAUCUGGAUAUGAGGCAAGCACUGACAUUGAGGCUGAUCUGAAACAGGAAAUACCAUCUCCUGCUUUGUCACCKUUUAUGUCUGAAAGAACUGAGACUAGUGGAAGAAGUCACAGCCUACAGGCCACCUCUGAGAUUACAGACUUUACAAAACAAGACCAGGAGGGCCCAGAGAAGAGAACACCACUUCUUGAAAAACAAAAUAUGCUAGAGAUCUCAGAAGAAAAUCGCCCAGCUUCAAAUAGUGCUUCACUUCUUUCAGUGUCGAAUAACGUAGAUGCAGCUACCGACAGUAGCUGCACAUCUGGUGCUGAACAGAAUGACAGCCAAGGAAUUGGAAAGAAGCGAAGAGCAACUGGAGAAGGAUCUUCUCCUGAAAUCCCUAGUYUAGAAAGRAAGAAUAAGAGAAGAAAAAUCAAAAGUAAAAAAGAACGUUCUCAGGUAGACCAGUUAUUGGCUAUUUCUCUGAGGGAAGAAGAGUUAAGCAAGUCCCUGCAGAGUGUGGACAGCAACCUCUUGCAGGCGAGGGCUGCCCUGCAGGCUGCCUAUGUUGAGGUUCARCGGUUCCUUGUGUUAAAGCAGCAGAUAACCAUGGAAAUGAGUACACUGAGAAGUCAGAGAAUCCAGAUCUUGCAGGGGCUACAAGAAACAUAUGAACCUUCUGAAGUCUCGGAGCAAUUUUCCUGCAAUGUCCUAACUGAGAGGAGAAACAGCCAAUCUCAGAUGGCAGCUGAUUCAGUUUCUGAAGGCUCUCUCUUGCCCAUUUUGGACACUUUGUCUUGUUCUGUGGCUCCACUAGGAGCUUCUGUUCCUGUAAACAUGCCAUCACCAUUCCAGUCUCCUGGCAAUACACCUUCCAAUACUCCUGACUCCUCACUACAAAUUAAACGGGAAGCUGUGUCUCCAAAAGGCACAGAAGAAAAUGUGAAUGCUGUACCUCAGAGCUCUCCAUGUGCUUCACAAACAGAAGGGGUGGAACAGAAUAAUGAAGCRACCAACCAGAACACGUCAGUGUAUCCAGUUAUCACUGCAACCAUAUCCCUAUCAGAGCUGGCAGCUUGUUUCCAACACAAUAAUCAAGAUGUUCACAAGCCUGCUGCUGACAAGGGACAGUCUGGACUUCCUGAAAACCCUUCUCCUCAUUCAAUGUCUGUUUUCAACAAGAGAGAAGCAAAUGAUACAGUUGCUACACUGGAUCAGUGUAGCACUUCUCUUUCAAAGCAUUCAGUCCUUUUAGAAAUGCCAAUGGAUGAAACCCCCAAAUCAUCAGCAGAACCAUCUGAGCAACACUUGGCAAUCACUGCAGUCCCAGAGGAGAAAGGGAAUAGAAGGAGGAGAAGGUUAAGGAAGAAGAAAAGUCUGAGGGCAGCCCGUGUGCCGGACAACAGCGAUACAGAGCAGGAUAUGAUUGACUCCAAGCCUGUCCGGAAAGUCAAGGGUGGAAAAGUUCCUAAAGGAGAAAAAGUUACUACAUCUACUCCUCCAAGAGAGGACAUUGGAGUUAGUGCUCAAGCAUCAAGAAGCAAAGAUGGGAAUGACAGUGAUGUGUCUCUGGAGCUAGUGGAAGUUGCAGCACCUAAGUGUGAGGUGGUUGAUGUUGGUUCAUCAGAGUCAGGAGAUGAGAAACCAGACAGUCCAUCAAAGAGGGAUUCACACAGCUCUGUGGAUCAAGGAGUCCUAGAGGCAUCUUGCUCUGGUUAUGAUGAAGUGAGCUCCACMAGUGAGAUUGGCACAAAUUUUAGCAAUGAUGGGAAAAGAAGUGUGGCUGGGACACAGACUUCCAUAUCAUCACUAAGAAGAUUAAAGAACUCCUCAGAAGUGUCUUCAGAGCCAGGUGAGGAUGAAGAACCUACAGAGGGAACCUUUGAGGGACACUUGGCUGCAGUGAAUGCUAUUCAGAUUUUUGGGAAUUUGUUGUAUACCUGCUCAGCAGACAGGACAGUUUGUGCCUACAAUCUCGUGAGCAGGAAGUGUGUGGCCAUCUUUGAAGGACAUACUUCAAAAGUGAACUGCCUUCUGGUCACCCAGACAAAUGAGAAGCAUGCUGCACUCUACACUGGCUCAAGUGACCACACUAUCAACUGUUACAAUAUCAAGACCAGAGAGUGCAUGGAACAGUUUAAAUUGAAAGAUCGAGUGCUCUGUUUACAUAGCAGAUGGCGGAUCCUUUAUGCAGGUCUUGCAAAUGGCACUGUGGUUACUUUCAACAUAAAGAAUAAUAAACAGGUUGAUAYCUUUGAAUGCCAUGGCCCAAGAGCAGUGAGCUGUUUAGCCACAGCUCAGGAAGGAGCACGCAAGYUGUUGGUAGUGGGCUCCUACGACUGCACCAUCAGCGUGCGAGAUGCGCGGAACGGGCUGCUUCUCAGAACCCUGGAAGGUCACAGCAAGACUAUUCUCUGCAUGAAGGUUGUGAAUGAUCUAGUGUUCAGUGGCUCCAGUGAUCAAUCUGUACAUGCCCACAACAUUCAUACUGGAGAGCUGGUACGGAUCUAUAAGGGCCAUAACCAUGCAGUAACAGUUGUGAACAUUCUUGGGAAAGUGAUGGUGACUGCAUGUCUGGAUAAAUUUGUUCGUGUUUAUGAACUACAGUCACAUGACCGCUUGCAAGUCUAUGGAGGCCACACAGAUAUGAUCAUGUGUAUGACCAUCCAUAAGAGCAUGAUCUACACUGGAUGCUAUGAUGGCAGUGUCAGAGCUGUGAGGCUUAACCUGAUGCAAAAUUAUCGAUGCUGGUGGCAUGGAUGUUCACUGAUCUUUGGAGUUGUGGACCACCUGAAACAACACCUGCUAACUGACCACACCAAUCCAAAUUUUCAGACUCUGAAAUGUCGUUGGAAGAACUGUGAUGCUUUCUUUACUUCCCGGAAAGGUUCCAAGCAGGAUGCUGUAGGACACAUUGAAAGACAUGCUGAGGAUGACAGCAGGAUUGACUCAUGAAGCUUUUCACCUCCCACAUUGGGAAGUAAUUUUAUAUGUCAGAAUUAUUCCAAAUAACAUCAGUUUCUUACUCCAGUCUUUCCUAUUUCUUUUCCCACUUGGAGUGUAAAAACUGAGUGGGGCUGAAAUGCAUUGCUAUGGAGUCUGCAGGUUGUGUUGCACUCUGUAGAAAUAAGGCUGGUAAUUAAGACUUAGCCCAAAUUCUUGCAAGUUUUAAAUCAUUGACAGACAAGAAUAUUCCUUCUUCUUGUCUGCCUUGUUUUUUUGUUGUUUGUUUUUUAUGUGGUUUUAUUUGUUUUUUUUAAGAAGCAUAGUCUUUGGGAAGUCCAAAGGGAUCUUGAGAACUUAGAUUACAAUAGGUGCUGCUGUUUGCAAACUCAGCUGGAAGCCUGUUAUGUGUCUAAGACAUGUCUGUUUGUUGUAUCCAAUUUUUUAACUGAUUUUAAUAAAAUUCUGCAAAUUAGAAUAUCACAAAUUCUAACAAUGUAAUCUGAAUAUCCAGUGUAUGUUUUUACUUUCUUCAUAAAAAGAAAAGCUAUUUUAUGGGGACUGGAAUUAAUUAAUUUUGUAAUGUCAAUUGUAACUUAUUUUUUAUUCCUUGUGUAAAAUUUGCUAUAACUGGCACAAUAUAUACAGUGAUAGAUAUAAUACCUUCUGAGGUAUUUUGUUAAUUUUGAGGAAAGCAAUUAUUUCUUGAGAGAAGCCAGAAGCAGCAAAACAGUCAGAACAGUGGCUCUACUCACAUGCUUUGCAAUCCUAGUCUUUUUCAAUAUAGGUCCUUAUGUGUAGGGCAGAACUAAGUGGUGUCUGUUUUCUUUUAGUUAAAAAUCAGCAUAACCGCCAUUGCUAUAUUGAUAAAACAUCAUAAUUGGAUUGCUGAUUUUAUAUGGAAUCUUAGUGACUGAGCUUUGCAGUCCCAUAUCCUCAUGGCAUAGCAAACUAAGAAAUGCAAAGGCACUGUGUGUCUAAGUGUAUCCACUUCGGUAGUGUUUUGUUUCUGUUGUGAACUGGCUUAAUUGGCUUGUGCUAUCAAGUUCUCAAAAACUCAACUGGAAAGAAUGGAGCAGGAAUUUAAAGUCUAAAUUCUCAAGUAGAAGCUGAGGAUAUGAAAUGCAUAUCACAUGUGAAAAUACUGUUUCUACUAAUGCACAGAAAGUACCACAGGGAGGCCAGUGCUGAAGAAGGAAAGAUUGUUUCUGCUUGUCAGGAUUCCCUUGCGGGUGUCCCUUGAGGGGUAUUGCUUUACCUUGUGAAGUUCAGUGAAGUGCACAUCUGGCACUUGCCAUCCUCUCUCCCCUAAUGACACUAAUUUAGCAAAGAACCCUCUUAACAUUGAGACUAAUCUAGCAGGGAGCUUUGUGUUCACUUUUGCCUAACUUGCUGCUCAGCAUAAAAUAAGCAGAGGUUUCCCUAAGCUGUAAGAGAGGGUGGAGACAGUGAACUGAGAUGCUUGUAYACGAAUCCAGUGCUUUUCAAGAAAACUGAGUGGACUGUUUUUGCUGGCAAUCUUUUUCACGACCACUUUCAGACUUGCCAACCAUAGACCAAGUAAGUUUUAUAGCCUCAUUCUUUGACCUAAAGGAGCCCUUUGAGGCCAAGAAAGUGAAUGAUUGAGGAAGGCCCAUGGAUGUUCCACUGUCAUCAAAUCAAGGAACUUCAGGGCCUUCUCUGGAGCACACUGGUUUUGUAUUAUCUUAGCAGACAAGCAUUAUUGCUCUGUCACUGAUGAAUAUUUUUUGUGAGACAGGAGUAAAAUGUAAUUAAGAUGCAGUAGCAUCCUACUUCAAAGAUAUGGGAAUCUCUGAGGUUCCAGUGCUUUUGUGGUGAUUGGUUUUGUUUACUUUUUAUUAAGGUGUUUGUGGAUAGGAAAAAGCCCCAGCAUGUGGCUCAGACCUCAGCUUAUUCUGAGGGUGUUCUUGUUUUGGUUUUGGGGAAUGUGUGUUUGUGGUUUUGCUGUUGGUUUUUUUAAAUCUUCCUUUCAGUGGUCUAUGGAUGAAGCAGUUCAAUAGAGAAUCAAGUUUGGGGAAAUCUUUAAGCAGCAUAGAUGUUUUCUGAUGGAGAGUGUAAUGCUCUGAAGUCUGAGAGCAUUUGGGUUUUUUCAUGACCUGAAUGCAGACCGCGUAAUACUUGUACCAUUUCCAAAGGUGUUAAUAUUCAGUUCUUCUGCAGGUUUUUUGAACCACAAAGAGGGAGUAUGUAAGGGUAGCAUAAACAAUGUGGACGCCUUAAACUGUCCUUCAUGGGCUGUGCUGCAARUGAAGGUGUGGAGGUGUGUCCCGAGGACAAGCCUGUGGGACUAUAGUGGCAUUCUGGAAAAUGUGUGUGAGAUUAGAUUUUGUUACUUGUCCCUUGUGAUUCUUUACAUUCUUUCAGCUGUUUUCAGGAACAUACAAAGAUUUUUCUCACUAGAUGUCGUAACAAACACAGUUGUUACACUUUAUUUGCAUUCCCAUUUGCUUGUUGAGUUUAUCUUUUCUAGUUGGUGGAAGCAGUCUUCCUUUUUAUGCAGUCCAUGAUUAUUUCUUUUUCUGUAUUGAAAACAAUCCUGUAAAGUCUGGGCUUCUAAAGUCCAGCUUUGGCAGUGGUGUCUUUUGCUGCUUAGUAGGUCAUUUCAGAUAUAUUGUAAGAAUCCUAGAAUGGAUAAGAGGUGGGAUACUAGCAGAGCUGCACAAGUGAAAAAUUUUGCUUCAUAAAUUAAAAACAAUUUUUUAAAAUCCUCAGGGGUUCAGAGGAAAAUGUUGUACUGCUUUGUCAUGAGGAUAUCUUAAAAGGAUUUGCUAUGAAGUUGUGCAGCUGUGGAAAUCCCCAGGCUUCUCUGGAGUUCUGUGGGGAGUUUUCCUAUUUGUUCAGCUGGAAUUUGAUGCAGAUUUUACAACUGGCCAUUUACUUCUUCUGGAGGCAAUUACAGAAGAGAGAUGCCAAACUGAUGGUUGUUGAUACUCGUUGGUGAGAUCCUCUCUGGUCUUGCAACAUGGGGUUUUGACUCCUGAUAUACCUCUAGUUGAAGAAUGUAAUAACUUUGGGAAGGUGGGUGACAUUUAACACAGUAAUAUUGGCAUGAAAAGCAGUACUGCACAUCUGAAGCCAGUUUCAGGACUAUUUAUUUUUGUUUUCAGUUAGUUUUUUAUGCAARUAAAAAGUUGUGGGUGGAAUAGUGAAUGGAGUGAAGAUUUAUUUUGUGGUUAGUGUGGAUUUUUUAUUAGUCAAACGUUAAAAAUCGAGUUCUGGAUUUGCUAUAUGGCUGACUACAUAUGACAGGCUCUUCAGGAGCCUUUUGGGAUUGGUCUCUCCUUUCUCAUUCAAAUUACCAGGAAAAAUUACAGCUAUCUGGCAGUACAAAAUACUCUGGCCUAAUGCUUCUACUUCUGUACAUGGAAGGGGAUGGAGGGAAAACUGCUGCAUCCCUUGGUACAAAGAUGCAUUAAAUAUCCUGGCUUCUGCUUACCUUGUGUUGCUUACAUGUGAAUUACAGAAUUUAAACAUAUUAUCAGCACAUGAGUUGACUUCUGCAAAACUGCAGGAGCUUGGCUAUGUGGCGUGUUUGAAGUAGUGCAGUUCUUAAUGCACAUUUUCAAACAGUAUAAUCAAGCUGGAUCCAGGUAAAUGAUAAUUGAAAAUUUGCAGUAAGUGGCAGGGGAAAUGUUUUUGUUGGGAAAUUAUAUUUUUCAGUUAAGUUGAAUUAAAAUACAGGUACAGGCUUGUAUGGUACUACAAUUCAAGCAGUUUAAGUUGUCCAGARUUGCAGAGAAAGUGAGGAAGGAUAAGGAGCAGUUUCAGCUACUGUUUGUAAAAUAAUUCUCAAAGAGCAAACUGUAGGUAUAUAUUCUGUUAUAUGCACCUGCCAGCUUUACAGAUUUCAUUUUGCUGUAAUGUUAAACAGUCUUUUUGAAGAAUGGAAGUGGAAUAAAACAACUUGAUUGGA